AUGAUCAGGAUCUUCCCGGAUUUCAGCGUCCAGGUGACGGCUUCGGGAGUCGGUGGACCCGGGGUUGGAGGAGGAGGCGGCGGAGGCGGUGGGAUGGGACCCCAGGUGGGUCGGGUCCCGGGAGCCACGAACGGGAAUCAGCAGGGCGUGCAGGGAAUCAGCGCCUACCAGCAAAGUGACCCCUACUGGGAGCGGCCGGCUAAUGCAGGCAGCUGCUCCGCCGCCAGGCCCAAGACGCUUCACCUGGCCGGGCAGCAGCAUACCUCCUCACCAUGGCUGCAGGCUCUGAGGAAGGAGAAGUCACGGGACGCGGCGCGGUCGCGGCGGGGGAAGGAGAACUUUGAGUUUUACGAGCUGGCCAAGAUGCUGCCGCUGCCGGGCGCCAUCACCAGCCAGCUGGACAAGGCCUCCAUCAUCCGGCUCACCAUCAGCUACCUGAAGAUGAGGGACUUCGCCAACCAGGGCGACCCGCCGUGGAACCUGCGCAUGGAGGGGCCGCCGCCCAACACCUCUGUCAAAGCUAUAGGUAACCAGCGAAGGAGGAGUCCCACCUCCGUCGCCUCGGACAUCUUCGAACCUCACCUGGGCAGCCACAUAUUACAGUCUCUGGACGGGUUUGUAUUUGCACUAAAUAAGGAGGGACGCUUCCUCUACAUCUCUGAGACCGUCUCCAUCUACCUGGGACUGUCACAGGUGGAGCUGACCGGCAGCAGUGUCUUUGACUACAUCCACCCCGGAGAUCACGUGGAGACGGCGGAGCAGCUCGGAAUGAAGCUUCCUCCGGGCCGAGGCAUGUCUCUGUCCCAGGGAGCCGUCAACGAAGACGGGGCGUCGUCGGCUUCAUCGUCGUCGCACUCCGAGACGCCCGAACCAGUGGAGUCCAGCAGUCCCAGUCUCCUGGCCCCCGACAACAAUCUGGAGCGAUCGUUCUUCAUCAGGAUGAAGUCCACGCUCACAAAGAGAGGAGUGCACAUCAAGUCGUCCGGAUACAAGGUGAUCCACGUGACGGGGCGUCUGCGCAUCAGGAUGGCGUUGACGCACAGCCGCUCGGUGCCGGUGCAGAUCAUGGGGAUGGUGGUGGUGGCUCACGCCCUGCCGCCCCCCACCAUCAACGAGGUCCGCAUCGACUGUCAGAUGUUCGUCACCCGAGUCAACAUGGACCUGAAGAUCAUCUACUGCGAGAACAGGAUCAGCGACUACAUGGACCUGACUCCGGUGGACAUUGUGGGGAAGAGAUGCUACCAAUUCGUUCAUGCUGAGGACGUGGAGGGAAUCAGACAGUGCCACCUAGACCUGAUCAACAAGGGUCAGUGUGUGACUAAGUACUACCGGUGGAUCCAGAAGAACAGCGGCUACAUCUGGAUCCAGUCCAGCGCCACGCUCACCAUCAACACCAAGAACGGCAACGAGAAGAACGUCAUCUGGGUCAACUAUGUCCUCAGUAAUCAUGAGUAUAAAGACAUUCCCAUGGACAUCGCCCAGCUGCCCAACCUGCCCGAGAAAACCUCAGAGACGUCCGAAUCCUCCGACUCUGAGUCCGAGUCCAAAGAAAACUCUGAGAACGAGAACGCCAAGUCGGAAGGGAAGCCGAGCCACCAAUCAGAACGCGAGGACCCGGGGACCGACAGCAAGCGUCAGCAGCAACCCGGCCAACCACACUGCUCCUCAGACCAGGAAAUGAAGCGUCAGGAGGAAGGAGACAGCUCGAGUAACCCAGAGAGCCAAGACAGCGACGACAGUCUGGAGCCUUCAGAUGGAGAAGGGGAGGAACAGGAGGAAGCAAGUGGAGGAGGAGGAGGAGGCGGAGGAAAUGGAGGAGGAAGGAUUGGCCGGUUAGCAGGACUCGGAGGACUAGGAGGAUUGGGUGCCAUUGGAGGACUGAGUAAUCUGGGUGGGCUUCACAUUAAAGUAGAGCACUACGGAGAGGGAGAAGACGCUCAGCUGCACAACUCACAAACUUCUUCCUCAGAGGAGGAGGAGGAACAAGAGGAUGACGAUGAUGAGGAGGAAGAAGAUUGCGACAGCGCCAAUGCCGGAAACAAGCUCCAAAAGAGGCGGAAAAGGAGGAAAGUGCAGAAAUGGGAUGAAUCCCGAAGCAGGAGGCUCCGUCUCUCCUCAACGACGCCCAGCCCAAACGACAUAGGAGAUACGACCCCUCUUGUUGACCCUUCCCAGACCACGCCCGCCAACUCCACCCACCUUCUCACCUCCGCUGGAUCCCCGACUAGUGCAACGUCCUCAGUCCUGAAGAUCAAGACGGAAAUGGCCGAGCCGAUAAACUUUGACAACGACAGCAGCAUCUGGAACUUCCCGCCCAACAGAGAGAUUUCCAGAAACGAGUCUCCGUACAGCAUGACCUCCAAGCCGGGUGCUCCAGGCACCCAUGAGAACUUCCCCUCACCCCAGGGAGGCAUUCCUGACUCCGUCCUCACCCCUCCUGGAAACGAUGGAGGAGCCGGAGGAGUGAGGAAGCUUCCUUACAACGGGAACUCUGCACCGUCCUCUGCUUCCAGCGCUACCAGUCUAGCACCCCCAUCCAGCGCCUCUUCCGCCGACCCUCUAUCGCCUCCUCUCUCCGCCUCGCCUCGGGAUAAGCAACAAGGCACUCCGACCACCUCCACGUGUUCUUCCUCAUCUUCUUCCUCGACAACCUCGUCCUCCUCACUGCUGUACUCCGGCGACCUUGAGGCACUACAGCGUCUACAAGCCGGUAACGUCGUGCUCCCGUUGGUCCACCGGGUCACGGGAACUCUUGCCUCGACAAGCACGACUUCUCCGCGGGUCUACACCACCGGGACCAUCAGGUACGCACCGGCGGACGUCACCCUGGCCAUGGCGCAAGGCAACCUCCUCCCGAAUGCUGCCAUGAACUUUGUCGAUGGCUCUGGGUUUGGUCUGGACCCUAAGACGCCCAUGGAGAUGCUGUACCACCACGUGCACCGGCUCAACAUGUCGGCAGCAGCGGCCGCCGGUCCGUUCGUCGGAUCUCCAACGUCCACGGUUGGGAAUGGCCCCCUUGGAGGCCAGAUGCCGACCGCAGCCAACGUUUUCACGACAGCGGAGGGACUUUUCUCAACGCUACCGUUCCCGGUGUACAGCAAUGGGAUCCACGCCACACAGACAUCACUGGAGAGGAAGGAGGAUUAACGUGAAACCAUCGAGACCGCAUUACUGUGUUUCUGGAAUCAACAACUGUGUCAAAGCAAAAGACUACCCACUAGUAAAAAAAAAAAAGAGAAAAGACUUCUUUUAUCAACACGGCACUGUGUUCCCGAGGGGAGAAAGGACAGGAACGGAUGACAGAUGUACUCUAGCACUUUGAAUCUGAGCGACUGAGCUUGUGUAAUAGACAUGAAUGACCCUCAAACAUGUCCCCCCCUUUUCUAUCUUUGUCUCUCUCCUCUUCCUCCCUCUCUUUUUGCUCCUGUUUCUUGCGAUCAGCAGCGUUUUUUUUGCUCUUGAACAAAUGAACAAAGAAACAGAGACUUUAUUCUUUAUUGUAAAGAAUUCAUUUUUUUGCCUACAGAGAAUUCAUAUUGCCUGAGGACUCCGCUGGAGCCUGACGGGGAUCAUUUUUAUUGUUUCACUUGUUUCUGUCGCGUCUUUAUGAAGAUGCUGAUUGUGUGUAUUUAAAAAGGAGGACGGUACAGGGAUUUGUAAUGGACAGAACACUCUUUGCGGCGCUCCUCCCUAUGUAUCUUGAUGUGAUCAAGGCUUGAAAAGACCAUUUUUAAAACCGAGAAGAGGGAGCGAAGAGAUCAUAAUCUUUUGAAAAAAGGUUUUUGAGGACGUUUCUCGAUUGAGGGAAUAGCUUAGAGAAUUAAUGCUGUUAUUCUUUACAUUUCUUCCUUUUUUUAUAAAAAUAUUCUAGCUCAGAUUUAACUUACAAAUCAAGCAUUAUGAAGAAAAACUAAAAAAGCAAUUUCAGCCGGGUAACGACCUGUGAAUUAUCGAAUGUUACUACUUCCUCUUUUAUCCCAGGAGUUUACCUACAGGUCUCGCACCAAACAUAACCUCCUCUACAUCUCCUUCCAUCUCAAUCUGUCGUCCUCUCUCUCUCGUCACUCCGUCUACCAUUUCUUCCUGUCGAUCUACAGAUUCAUGGUGCUAUCGACCGUCCAGUAACCCUGAUUCAGCUGGCUGAUGUGGGUGCUGUAAACGAACCCACAGCUCAUUGACAGACUCAUCGUGUGUUUUCGGUUUUGGAGGGGGAGCAAUUCUAGUUUUAUUUUUCUCUUCUGACCUUCAGGAAAGUCAGAAACACAACAAGAACCUGAGAACCUCUAAAUCCACAACAUCAUCUCCAUGUUUCGUCCCAUGCGUCCUUCCUUUGUUUGUCUAAGAAAACCUGAUUAGGCCAUGAGGGGCAACUCUGCCUAGCAACAUGGAGGUGAUUGGUUGAGUUUAAUCUGCUACAUAGUGACGUUUUUAUUUUUGAUGUAUCUUCUAACUUAAUCACUUUUAAUUCUCAGUGAGACUGAGGCUAAUAUGCUAGUGGCGCUAACUUGAAAAAUGAAUGUUAAAACCCUCGACCGGCUCCUGUUUGAUCGCUGUUUCGUUUUAUCUUUACUACUUUUUUAUAUAGCCUUUCCUCCUCCUCAUCCUCCUCCUCCUCCUGUUCUCCUUCUUCCUUAAAAACAGAAUCACCUCCACAAGAUUUUUUCCUAAACAAUCCACUCUCUUCCAUCUCAUCGCCGGACCCUGUGAUAAAACAACACAUAUCAACAAGGAGAUUGUAAUAAAGACAUGCAUUUUCAAUCAAUCAACCUUAUCAAACAAUCAAUCCAACAACUACAAAAAAUAUAUAUGGAUUUUUUGAGGAAGAGACAAAAAAAAAUCACAUUCCUUUGAACGAUGUUGUCUUUGUCGUUGUUCUUCUGUUCUGUGUUUUUCUUGCCCCCAGCAUACGUUGCCAAAAAAAAAGAAAUCUCACAAGUUGAAGUGUUUUUGAAAGCACUGUGAUUCUCGUUCAUUUGUACUUUUUUUUUCUUCUACUUUUUGGUAAAAAGAGAAAAAAAAAAGAUGAGAACAAGUAAUAAUAAUAAUAAUUAAAACAGUAAAAAAAACCUAAAAAAAAAAACUCACAUCAUCCAUCUUUUUAAAGUCGACAGCCCCGUCUUUAACCAUCCUGUCAUACCUUAUUACCCAGUGUGAUUAAGCCGUAAAAACGUGUUACCGAUGUGUUUAGUGUCACUGGCUGUCAAAAAGUCUUUCAUGGCGACUUCUCUCUCUGUGUGUGUUGACUAUAUGCAGUAUAUACUGAGCUACUGUAGCUGUUUUUGUCCUUUGUCUUCUCUGUGCUCUAUCUCUAGUGUGGGCGAUGGGGGGAAAUGGGCGGGGCUUGGACAACAAAAAGGGGGUGGAGUCUACGGGAUGAUUGACACCCCAACAAUGGCAACCCUCUUAGUCUUUUAUCCCCCAGCCCGUUUCCUCUAUCGCCCUCUAUCUGCAGUCUUAGUGAAACCAGUGGAGGUUCGUGGAAUUUCGUGUUUGGUGGCCUUUGCAAAAAACGAAAAAACAAUUUGUAGAGUCCACCUUUUUUUCCGCUGCUUCCUUUAUGUCUUUGUAAAACCUCUUUAUGUUUUUUUUUUAAAAGGUUUUUCUAAAUCCUCUCUCUCUCUCUCUCUCUCUCUCUCUCUCUCUCUCUCUCUCUCUCUCUCUGCUAUUGCUUUUUGCUGUUGUGUAGUCUUAUACAAACCUCUUUAACUUGCUGUCCUUUCUCUCAGAGAUGAAAAAGAUUCUUUAACUAGCUCAAAGGUUUAUGGAGCCAUGUUAUUUGCCACUAAGGAAUUCUGGGAAUCACAGUUUCCAGCUCUUGCAUUACAAAGUAUUAAAUAACUAAUACGUAUUUACAUUAUAGAGAAUUCAAUUAUGAUGAGAAAAAGCCUAAAGUAGCAUUUUUUUUUUUAGAUUUAGACCUGGAAAAUAGACCCAUAAAAGCCUCAGUUGUGAAGCAUUUCCCAGAGUUCCUUUGGGCUACCUGUGUGCAUUGGGUGUAUUUCAUUGGUUCCCACCAAACUUGUUGACUUCCUGCGCAAACAAGUGGUUCAAGGGGGGGAAGGGGAGCAACAAAAAAAAAGUACUAUUUCAGGACUCGUAAUACAAACCGAUUUUAAAGAUUUCUAAAGAAACUAAAAGAAGAAAAAAAUAUUUCGCACUAUAAAUCUAUUUUUAUAGGUGUUUUGGAAAACUGAACUGCAUGUUUAGUAAGUUCGUCCGAUGUGAACGACCCCUCGUUUUUUUGAUUUACUUCGGUCUGGUGUUUAUUUGUGUUUUUUAAAGUCUGUCAAUCGGGGACGUGUUGGAGGCCUGUUAAUUAAAGUCUGUAUUGUCAAAGCAACCGAAGGCCUCUAACCCCCCCUCCCCUCCCAUUUACAUCAGGAAAAUCAAUCGUCUGUACUUUCUGUGAAGUCUUGUGUUAAAUAUCCACAAAAACCACGUUUAUUUUCUCUUAAACAGGGGGAAUGUGAUUGGUCCACUCGACCUGUCGGCUGAUUGGUGGGUCGUUUGUCGUUGAAUGUUAAAUCCAGUCGUUGAAGGAGCCUUUUGUUUCCGCGCUCUGCUGGAUUUUAGCGUUUUCUACUUUUGGGGGGGAGGGGGGGGACAAAUGAAUGUUAAGAGCCUAUUUGGUGAAUAAAAAAGGGGGAUCUGGGCGACCGAGUUGGGGGGCACAUAACUCAGACGAAACCAGGAAAUACACCCACAUGUAACAAGAACCAAACAGCCGGUCGAAGCUGUUUCAAUGUUUUUCUGUGUUUUAUGUCGAAAAAUGAAAACUUUGCUGGUGAUUUUAAAAACGUUAAAAACCUUAAUCACAGCUGCUGUCAAAAAUACAUAGUGUUUAAGAAUUACAAAUAUUGAAAAAUCACUUCAUUUACCUGUGAAGAAACUGUGUCUGUGUUUUUAACUAUUUCUUGUACAAUUAUACAGAUUCUUUUAUGAGGAACUUGGUGCCAAGUAGCUGAAAUACGGGAGAGAGGGAAUCUCUUAUUAUCAAUGUUAACAGUGUUAUAAAAUUCUAAAUACAAACAAAUUAAAAUAUUAAAAAAGAGAAAACUAUGGUACAUUUCUAUUUUUUGUUUUGAUGAUUUGUUCCUCGCUGAAGAGGGAAAGACACCUGACUAACUGAUGCUAACUUUGAGUGCCUGGCUUAUUUUUUAUUUGUUAUUAUUAUUAUCACAUCUCUCUUUUUGAGUUACCAUGAAUAAUGCUGCAAAUCCGAAAAUGUACAUACUUCAUUUUUAUAGCAGUUGUUCUUUUAUAAGUUUACUAGGUUCCCAUCCGUUCUGAGGAACGUCAC